CAGAGCUUGAAGCUGCAUAUUGCAGCAGAGUACAGAGCGACACACUCUGUCACACACACACACUUCGGCUUCCACGCUCAAAGAACUUGCCUCACUUUUUUUUUUAUAUGACAUUUUUCUCGGCACUGCUUUGGGACUUUAAACCAUAUCCUUUAAGGAACUUGGCAUUCUUUCCAUUUGCCUUAUCUUCGUUUUCUGCUGUGCAGACCUAAAACCUAUUCUUAGGUGAACAGGUCAGAGGGCCCCUGUUUGCCUCCUGAGUGCAGCUCUAGAGUCAUUCUCACCCUCAUUUAACCUGCUUCACAUCAGUCUGCAACUAUGACGACCAAAUCCAAUAGCAGUGUGUUGGCUGGCAAGGCUUCCUCCUCUCCUCUCUUGUCCUCUCCACCUCGUCAACGCCUUGUCACAAAAGACGGACGCUGUACACUCCGUCCCCCGCCCUGCCCUUCAGGCUCAUGGCCCAGGGUCUGGAGCAGAGCCUGGCUGCUGGCCCUGCAGGACUUGUGGGGACUGUUGGUGAGUCUUCGCUGGAGAUGGGUUCUCCUGGCCUUCUGUGCCUCCUUCGUGGCCCACUGGCUGUUGUUCGCCUGCCUCUGGUACUUGCUGGCCCAUCUCAACGGAGACCUUGCUGUGCAAGAUCACGAUCACCCCCCACAAGGUCAUAUUCUUUGUGUGAAACACAUUACAAGCUUCACUGCUGCCUUUUCCUUUUCUCUGGAGACACAGCUGACCAUUGGCUAUGGUACCAUGUUCCCCAGUGGAGACUGUCCCAGUGCCAUAGCACUACUGGCUGUGCAAAUGUUGCUGGGACUUAUGCUGGAAGCUUUCAUCACAGGUGCUUUUGUAGCCAAGAUUGCCCGUCCCCAGAAGCGGGCCGGAGCUAUCCAGUUCAGCCCCCAGGCAGUGGUGGGCCAGCACCAGGGCCAGACCUGUCUAAUGGUAAGAGCGACCAAUCUGCUGCCACAACCUCUGGUGGACGUAAAGGUGAGUGCUGUGCUCUAUGAGGAGCACGAAGGUCAGGCUCUGCAUCAGACCUCUUUGGACUUUCACUUGGACCAUUUGGGCCAGCAGCCAUGCCCCUUCUUUAUCUUUCCACUCACUUUUUAUCACCCCUUGGACCACCAAAGUCCCCUCUACCCCACCCUGUGUGAAGGCUCAUCUAGCCACUUUGAACUAGUGGUCUUCUUAACAGCCUUGCAGGAGGGAACUGGCGACUCCUGCCAGAAGAGGACCUCCUAUCUGCGCCAAGAAAUUCAGUUUGACCGCCUUUUUGUGCCCGCCCUAGGGAUGGAUGCUCGGGGAAGGUACAUGGUGAGCACUCAGCACUUUGACACAGCCCACUCAAAGGAACCUUUGAACAAGGACUGUGUGGUGCAGAUCAACGGUGAUGGCAGCGACAGAAUGGAAUGAGGAUGGCGAAGGCAAAGGCAACGCCUCAUACGGACAGCAGGAAGUUUCUGAUGCACAUUGAUAUUUUGUCAGGAUAUAUUUGAUUGAAUUUGGUAAAACUGAAUUUAUGUUUUAACAUUUAAAAUCAAAAUCUGUGUCAAACAUAGGAAAUGUUGAGCUACAACAACUCCUCCCUACUCGCAUUUCUCAGUCUGAACUCAUCUCGUACUCAUAUCCUCUUCUCGCCUCCUCUCUCUUCUUUCUAACCUAAGAUGCAAGUGAGCGAGGCAUGGUACAGAUACAAUAAGUGAUAAGGUGAGCAAACAGGUGUUAAGUGGACAGCCCAUAUUAAUUAUACUUUGAGCCCAGCCUCACCAGAAAUUAAAAAUAUAAAAAAAUUUUCGCUCAUGCAAUGCAUAUGUUCAAAAUCUAGAGUUCUAAUUGUAAGAUGAUGUUAUUUUUAGAGAUUUUUUGGGCCAGUCUGUGCCACGAGUUCAUGGUUUGUGACAAUGUGUAGUUUUCUAACCCUAACCAGAUAGUCUUUUACAUCUAAACCAAACCAUAUAAAAUUCAUAUAUACAGUGAAAAAGAAAAGUACAUAAUGGUGGAAGUAAAAACAAGAUCUUGUGAAAGACACGAUUUAAAUGAAUAAUCUGUCACUUGAAAGUCAGAGACUUAAUGCCGUUGACCACCAUUCUUGCAUUUUCUCUGUAAAAGGACAUUCAUUUUGCUAACUGAUGACUUUCUCUACUUAUGUUCACCCCUUUAAAGUCUGAUCUAAGGAAAAAAUAGGGAGAAAAGUCUUAAUUUUUAAAAUCUGAAGUCUUUAGUAUGCCCUUUAACAACAUUUUAAAAAGUAAUUAUAUUAUUAUUUUUAUUUUGUCAAAGUUUUUGUAGGGCAUUAUUGUGUUAUUAUUGUAUCCACCAGGGGGCAGAAGACAAGUAUCAGAUUGUGUUCGACAGGGUUUCGAGCAAAGUUUUUACCAUAAAAUGAUGCAAAAGGUCUCAGAAACUAUAUGUAUCAAGUAUGAUACAUACAGCUUUAUAAGGUUUAAGAGCAACAGAAGUGAAAGAUUUAAUAUGACUUGAACAUGUUGAGUACUAUAUACAUUCACUGUAAAUUCACAUUCAGUUUUAGGCUGCUACGAAUACUCAUCAGAAGCUUUUUAAAAAAGAAGAUCUUCAUAUCUUUCAUAAAUCAGUUAUCUAACAUUACAAGGCAUAUGACUCAGUGACUGAUAACAUUAUACUUAUUAAUGAUUGAUUUGUAGAUUAACAACAUUGUUUUGACAAAUCAUUGCCUAAUAAGUUGAGCAAAGCUAAAUUUCUAUAUAUUAUACUCAACUUGUCCAAAAAUGAAUGUCUCUAGUUUUAGCAACGAAUGCAAAGAAGUUAGAAAGAAUAUUAAAUUUGUGUUUGCAUUUGAGAAAUGUUCUCUUCAUUAAAUGUUGUUUAUAUGAUUUUUUUCUGUGUUGCUAUAAAGAAAUCAUUUAGUAACUUCAGACAAGUGAAAAAAUGUUCCACAAAAUAUGAUUGUGAAGAAAGAGAUCUCCACAAAUCUCACAUGCUUUAGUGCCUUUGUACAGUGUAAAUGACAGGAAAUAAAUAUUUUCUAAACAAAGUGA